CAUUAUACUCCAGGGCUGCCGCCUUUUGCCAUUGAAACUCUAUUUCCGGGUGGAUCAUUAGUCGAGAGACAAUCCAUUAUUUGCUGGACGCUGACCUGGUGCUCAGGGCUGCCCCAGGCAGAAAGGACAGAGGCCCCGCCUGCCUUGCAGAAGAUAACGGUGGCUGCAGGUGACUGCACAUGUCAUGAGGAAGAAGAACUUGUGAAAGGAGGGACAGUUGUGAACUGGAGGCCUAGAAAAGAUAGAGGAUGAUCAAUAUUGCAAAACAAUUCCUGUUGUUGUGGAGGCUCCAGCUGGAGUUAUUCAACCAACCUCCUCUUGAAGGAUGUGAAGAGGCAGUGGUGAUGAUGAAACAGGACUGCUGUUUGGCAAAGAACGUUUCUGAUUGUGAGUCUCACCAGAGUAGAUUUUCUGGUUGCCCUUGCUAUGAAAGUGACACAUCUCAUUCAGAUUCCUCGGGGCCUCCCAUUAAAUGGCUUGGUGACUUUGAUGACUUCCAAAGUGACCUUGAGGACUGGGAGUUGGAUGCAUCUUUCCCUGAGCUGAAAAUUAAUUCUCAGUACGAGGAAGAGGACUGGGAUAAAGAAUUGGAGGAUGCUGAAUGUAAUCCAUAUGACGCGGAAGAUAUCGACUGUGGUAGUCUUCAGGAAAAUUAUCUAUUGGCAUCAUAUGCAUGGCAAGAAGAAUCAUUGUAUAACCCCAUGUGUCACCACACAGCUCCACUCGCUCUGAAUUCACCAAAUAGAAUGCCUGAGGUUGGCCAGUUUGAUGAUGCAGAUGACUGAGGUUUGCCCCUGUUCAGGGUCAUGCUUGACAAAUUGGACUUUGCUCCAUUGCCGGGAUGCAAUGCAAUGUGGGGUUCCUUCACCUAGCCUAUUGGGUUCCAAACCAGGCUUUUCUGAAAACUUUCUUUGAGAAUAUUAUUGAGCUGCAAAUACACUGAUCAUGGUCAACUGGAGAGAGGAUCUCAGACUGGAUGCUAACCAUAGGGAUCUUUGCAGUUUUGUAGCAUGUUUUAUUUUAAUGUUUAAAAAAAAAAAAGCUGUCUGGGAAGUAUGAUUUUUAAACUCUGGCUCGAUAAUAAGCUCGGAAUAAGUCAGUUCUAAUAUGGAUCUCAUCUGUGUAAUUUUAUUUUAUUUUUCUCUUUUUUUAUUUGACAUUAAUUAAUGAGUUGAGCUGGAAUUAAAUGUUUCUGUCCUUCUUACAGAUUAUACAUCAUAAGUAGCAUGACCAAGUUGUGUUUGAAGUUCAGGUCCUCUGAUGGGCUGAGGGGAAGGUACCAUUUGACAGUAUCAGUUAUGAGAAAUACAGAGUGCUUCGUUGUUUACACA